AUGGCCGUUGCGCGCGGGCAGGUCCGUUAUUCUAUUCCAGAGGAGAUGACAAAGGGCUCCCUUGUGGGAAAUAUCGUUCAGGAUCUCGGUUUGGAUGUUAAGAGGCUGAAAUCUGGUCGAGCGCGGAUCUUUACGGAAGACAGUCGUGAGCUGAAAUCUGGUCGAGCGCGGAUCUUUACGGAAGACAGUCGUGAGUACAUUGGUCUGAAUGUGGAUAAAGGGACUCUGGUAGUGAAAGAGAGGACAGAUAGAGAGGAGCUGUGCGCCCAAGUGUCUCCCUGCUCCUUACAUUUUCAGAUUAUUCUAGAAAACCCCAUGGAGCUGCAUAGAGUCGAUGUGGAAAUAUUAGAUAUCAAUGAUCAUGCUCCUGUUUUUACUAGAAAAGAGAUACACUUUCAGAUAAGCGAGCUUGCCGUGCCCGGUGCUCGUUUUUCCUUAGACAGUGCGCACGAUCCUGAUGUUGGAUUAAAUACACUUCAAAGGUACACUCUGAUACCAACUGAUUAUUUUUCAUUGAAAGAAAAAUCGCGCAGUGAUGGUACAAAAUACGUUGAGAUGGUUUUACAGUCGCCGUUGGACAGGGAGAGAGAUGAAGAACUGAAACUAACCCUGACUGCUUUUGAUGGAGGGAGCCCUCAAAAAUCCGGAACAGUUAAAAUAAGUGUCACGGUAAUUGAUGCAAACGACAAUACUCCAGCUUUCAGUCAGUCAGUGUACAGAGUUUCUUUAGCAGAAAAUGCAGCGAUAGGUACAGUGGUGCUGACCGUAAGUGCUACAGACAAAGACAAAGGAUCAUAUGGUGAGGUGACAUAUUCGUUUUCACAAAGCUCUGGAAAAGACGUAGACCUUUUUAGAAUCGAUGAGAAUACUGGGGAAAUUUGCGUAAAUGGCCUUUUGGAUUAUGAAAAAUCAAAGCAAUACGAACUGAACCUUGAGGCCAUGGAUAAAGGAGGACUAACCGAUAAUAGUAAAGUGCUUAUUGAAUUGACCGACAUUAAUGACAAUGCACCUGUUAUAAGCGUUAUCUCAUUUUCCAGUCCCAUCCCAGAGGACUCCACCCCAGACACAGUUAUUGCAAUGCUCAACAUUAAAGAUAUAGACUCCGGUAAAAACGGACAAUUGAAAUGCUUCGUUAAUUCAGAUUUGCCAUUUCGCAUUAAAUCUUCCUCCUCAAAUUUCUACACUUUAGUUACUGAUCAGAUUUUAGACCGUGAAAAAAUGUCUGAAUAUAAUAUCACAAUAACAGCUAUUGAUGAGGGCUCGCCUUCUUUCUGUACUAAUAAAACACUGACUCUGAAAAUAUCUGAUGUCAAUGACAACGCCCCUGUGUUUCAGCUUCAGUCAUACACCGCAUAUGUGAUGGAAAAUAAUUCACCCGGAGACUCUGUUUUAUCUGUUAAAGCGCAUGACAAAGACGCUGGCAAUAACGCGCGUAUUUCAUAUUUUCUAGAGGAUCUG